AUCACAUAAAACAGGUGGCUUAAUUCCUCUCCCCUCCCAACAGGAUGUUAUCAUUGGACGCAUCCCCAUUAUGGUAAGAAGUUGUUUCUGUGUACUAAAUGGGAAGGAUGAUGAAGAACUAACAUGACUGGGUAGUGUACUCAUUUCCUUGCUAAUUUGAAAACAUGAGAUGUGCUAGUUUAACAUAAAUUUGUGUUUUAUUUGGACCACAUGGAGCAUGAGUGGAUCAAUAUAUUUUUCAAAUACAAGGUGAAUGCCCUCUUGAACCGGGAGGAUAUUUCGUUAUCAAAGGCACGGAGAAGAGCAACGCGCAUGGAACAGGAUAGUAAUUAAUGCUGAUAAGAAUGGAUGUUUACAAGCAUCAGUUACAAGCUGGACAAAAGAAAAUACAAGCAAAACAGUCAUUAAAAUGGCCGAGGAAAAAAUAUACUUAGAGUUGGAUCAGUUUAAAAGGAAGGCAAUGGGCAUGGAGAGCGAACAAGAGGUUGUGCAGAUGAUAGGAGGGGAUCCAAAGUAUUCAUAUCUUCUUUUGCCAUCAAUUCUGGAGUGUGCAGGUCUCAAGGUGCACACACGAGGUCAAGCAUUGGAGUUCCUUGAGAAACCUGUGAUGCUUAAGGCAUCUUCAUAUUCCACUGAUCCAGUUGUGAAGGGAGAGUGUGCUUUACGCGUUCUCCGUGACAUAUUUCUUGCACACGUUCCUGUCCAUCAUAAUAACUUCCACAGAAAAUGUGUGCAUGUUAUGCUAAUGGUGAGGCGCAUGAUGGAUGCAAUUUUCAACAAGGAUGGAAUGGAUAAUGAGGUGGUCCCCAUAAUGAUUGUCAUGAAGGCAAUGGGCAUGGAGAGCGAUCAAGAGGUUGUGCAAAUGGAGUUUGCAGGUCUCAAGGUGUACACACGAGGUCAAGCAUUGGAGUUCCUUGAGAAACCUGUGAUGCUCAAGGCAUCUUCAUAUUCCACUGAUCCAGUUGUGAAGGGAGAGUGUGCUUUACGCGUUCUCCGUGACAUAUUUCUUGCACACGUUCCUGUCCAUCAUAAUAACUUCCACAGAAAAUGUGUGCAUGUUAUGCUAAUGGUGAUGCGCAUGAUGGAUGCAAUUUUCAACAAGGAUGGAAUGGAUAAUGAGCUAAACAGGCUUUUCUCCGAGGUGGUUUCAGCAGAUUUCAGCGGCAAAAGACUGGAGGGGAAACCAAAUGGAUUUUUCAAGGGUAUCCCCUCUAUUGUUUUCACAAGGGAUGACAUAUCUGAGCUCUCCUCCUGCUUCAAGCUUGCGCUUGUUGCAAAGUUCCUGACCCGUCCUUCCUUCACCUCCAUGACCAAAUUCCUGCAAAAGCUGGGUCUCAAAGGAAGCUAUGAGCUAUCGGUUCUUCCACACCAGAGGUUCCUGAUAAAUUUCAGGGAAGAGGAGGACUAUUUACGCCUUUUCUUACGAGGUACAUGGCAGGUAUUUGGAUACACCAUGACCCUCACCAAAUGGAGCCCCUCCCUCUCCCAAGAAACCGAAAACCCGGUUAUGCCUAUUUGGAUUGCAUUUCUAGAUCUCCCCAUCCAUCUUCAUGAUAAGAGGGCCCUCCAUCUUAUCUCCUCCUCCAUUGGCACCCCUUUGAAGUGCCCUUGGAUCAUUGGUGGAGAUUUUAACACCGUUGCCUCCAUUACUGAACACAAAGGUGUAAUUUGCCUUGAUAUUCGUAGUAUGGAUGACUUCAAUAAGGCCAUUUCAGAUUGGGAAAUGGGGGAAAUCCUGGCUCACAUCCCUACCUGUGUUUCCCACCAGGACAACAGUUUGAUUAUGGCUAUCCCAGAGGAGGAGGAAAUCAGAAAGACUAUUUGGUUCCUUAAUGCGAAUAGUACUGCAGGUCCUGAUGGUUUCAAUGGUUUCUUCUUCAGAGAUUCUUGGGAUACAAUCAAAACUGAUGUUUGUAAGGUAGUCCAAGAAUUUUUUCUGGGUAUCCCCCUUCCAAAAGCUUUUGGCAGUACUCUCCUCACCUUUAUCCCAAAGAAGGAAGGUUCCAUUACCUUGGAUCAAUUUCGUCCCAUCUCACUAUCCACCUUUUUCAGCAAAAUCAUUUCCAGAAUUUUAAGUGAGAGGCUCAAGAAGAUCAUUCCAAAACUGAUUUCCCAAGAGCAAGCAGCCUUCCAGGUUGGUAAAAACAUAACUGACCAAAUUCUCAUGGUAAAAGAGAUGGUCCACCUUCUCUCUGGAAAUACUAGGGGUGGAAACUGCAUAAUCAAACUUGAUCUCUCAAAGGCUUUCGAUAAACUCUCCUGGACCUAUUUGGAAGGUGUACUUACCAAAUUUGGCUUUAUCCAGCAUGCCAUACAUCUCCUAAUGGGUAAUUUAAAGGCAACCCAUUUUUCAGUCCUAGUUAAUGGGCAGCCAAAGGGGUUCUUUCCCAUGAAAUGUGGUGUUAAGCAGGAAGACCCCCUCUCCCCACUACUGUUCAUCAUUGCUUUGGAAGGUCUGUCCCAGUUCCUAAACUAUCAUCACUCCAGUGGCCUUAUCAAGCCUUUCUCAGCUGGAAGAACCCCCACACCAUGCCAUCUCCUCUAUGCUGAUGAUAUCAUCUUAUUUACCACAGCUAAUAGCAGGAAUCUUUUAAGACUUAGGGAACUCCUCUCCACCUUUUUGAGGGCUUUAGGACAAGAAAUAAAUUACCCCAAGAGCCAGGUAAUUGUUCAUGGAAAGAUGAAGAUUGAAAAACAGAAUAUGAUUAGGAGAAUUCUCUCCAUCGGAUGCAACACAAAGGAGUUCACCUACCUUGGCUCUACUAUUGUCAAAGGUAAACUAAGGAAAGUUCACUGCAAGGACUUGAUUGAAAAUUUUGAGAAGAGGCUAAAUGCUUGGUAUAGCAAAAAGCUAAACCAAAUGGGGAGGCUUAUUCUCAUUAAACAUGUGCUAUCUUCGAUUCCCUUACAUCUUAUGGCUGCUCAAAGGAUCCCCAAAUCAAUCCUUAAAAGCUUAAACAGGCUUAUGGCAAACUACUUCUGGGGGGCAAAAGAAGAAGGUCAUAAAUAUCACUGGAGGAAAUGGGAUAGACUAUGUUUCCCAUUUGAGGAAGGAGGGCUGGGUUUGAGAAAUCUCCUACACUGCCAAGUUGCUGCGUUCAUUGAUCUUUGGUUGAAAGUGGUUCAGGGUCACUCUAUAUGGGGAAAAUUCAUGAGGCAGAAAUAUUACAGAGAUGGUCUCUUCUCUCCAAACAUCUAUGACUCUUACACAUGGAAAGCUAUCUGUAAAAUCACCCCUCUAGUCCUUCCACACUGCAGUUUUCAAGACGAUGGGAUAAUAUGGACAUCAGGGACUUACAGUUUUAAAGCUGCCUACUCCCUUACGUUUGAACAUAAGCCAAAAAUGUUCACUUGUGUCUAUAUAUGGGACAAGAGGCAAAUGGGAAAAAUCAGCAUGUUCUUAUGGCGUUUUUUCAAUAACCUACUGCCUUUCCCAAGGAAUCUCCAUAAAAUGGGAAUCAUGGCUGAAAUCCAUUGUCCUUUUUGCAUGGAAAUGAAUGUUGAUGAACAUCAUAUAUUUCAAGGCUACUUCACCAUAUCACCUAUUUGGCAAGCAUACUCAUUGGCUGUCAAUGCACCUAGGGAUAGAGGAAAUCUAUCAGUCCAGCAAAGGAUACUGAGCUGGUGGCUUUCGUCAAACAAGGGAAGUAUCAAAGGAAACCUGAGAUUUCUCCUGCCUGGUUUUAUCUACUGGACCAUCUGGAAGCACUACAACUCAUUCCUUUAUGAAAAUCACAGAACAUCCACAAAUGCUUUAAUGACAUCCAUAAACAAACUCUCUCAAGCUUGGUUUUGGGCAAACAAACUAGAUACUUCUUUCCUCUACAAAUCUCAUGUGUUUAGAUUUGAGGAAGAAGAGGACACGGUAGAGGAGGACUGGGAAGAAGGUGCUAUAGAUGGGGAAGACGAGGAAGACAUGGGACUGCCGGCUGAAGCCUCAGGGACGUGGGAGCUUGGGGAAGCAGACAAAGGAAAUCUCCUGCCAUGUAUAAAAGAGAAUGUGGGAGUUCUUCAUCUAAAGAAGUUGGGCCUCAGGAGCCACAAAGAUGGGAGAUUGAAAAGGAGGCAGUAGUCUUCAGUUACAAAAGCCAAAAGUUUUGCGCCAAAAAACUGAAACGUCAAACCCGUAGGCCUGAAGUUGGUGAUAGGUUUAGUUGUAGGCAUGGGAAGAAAAGUAUUGUUGGUCUAAUAGUAAAACAAGAAGACUUGC